CGUUUGACGUUUCCCGCAUGACAGCAGCUGUCAGUUUGUAUUGUUGUUGCAAUUUUUUACCACACCACACCGGAUAGGCUUGCGCGAUCGUUUGCAAAAGCAAUAAGUUUAGCUUGUUUUUAUCUUUAUUUUCAUUCUAGGAUAGAAAAUAACACCCAGCACUGGAACGUUGCAGUACGGUAAACAAAAGAACGUAGCGCAGGAACAACAUGAGCCAAACGUACGUUAGCCCACUGUCGAUAGCGGUAAUCUGCUCGUCCAACAUGAACCGUUCGAUGGAGGCGCACGGGUUUUUGGCCAAGAAGCGGUUUAAGGUACGAUCGUUCGGUACGGGCGAUAAGGUGAAGCUUCCCGGUACGGCGGCGGAUAGGCCGAACGUUUACGAGUUUGGCACCACGUACGACGACAUCUACAAUGAUUUGGCCACGAAAGAUAAGCAAUACUACACACAGAACGGUCUGCUACACAUGCUGGACCGCAACAGGCGGAUAAAAUCGUGCCCGGAAAAGUUUCAGCUCUGCACGGAACGAUUCGACGUGUUGGUAACGUGCGAGGAGCGAGUGUACGACCAGGUGAUAGAAUUUAUGGAAUCGAAAACGCCUAGCUACAAUCUACCUGUGCACGUGAUCAACAUCGACAUACAGGACAACCACGAGGAGGCGACGGUCGGUGCAUUUCUCAUCUGUGAUUUGAUAACGAUGAUGGCUCAAAGCGAAGACCUAGACAACGACAUCGACGAGCUGUUGCACGAUUUCGAGAACAAAUGCCAGCGAAGUGUGCUGCACUGCGUGCAAUUCUACUGAAAAGCAAUGAAACCCGACAACCUCAAACAAACCAAACGGACGUUAUCCGGCCUCCCAAAGUAUCGUUUUACGUCAAGGAUCUUUGUCUUUGAGCGCCUCACAGACACAGCCCCCCCCCAAUUGUGCAGAAUGCCACAAUUACGGCUUGUGUAUCGCCGUACGGAUAUUCAUAAUAUUCAAUGCGUUUUAUGUUUGCUCCCAGAACGAAUAAUCAUCCUGUUUUAUUGUAAAUUCUUUUUUCCUACUUUUGUGUACUAUUCGAUUGGAGAAAUUAUUCCUCCUGGUGUACAGAAAACCCAUUUUUUGAAUAGCCCAUGCAUUACAAGAACAAAGAAUAGGCUAACUUAAAGAAUUUUAAGGAGAAAGUUAUCGAUAAAAUGUUCUAAGCUUAUCCUUGCGCGAAAAAGCUAAAGAUCUUGAGGCGUUUCUUCCACAGUGGCCAGAUUAUCGUUUUUUUCUUCUUCUAUCAGUUAACUGCCUUAAACCCGUCCUGGAAUGAGUGGCGCUUUUAGUACUGAACGUAGAAUUUGAGCAAAAUUCUAUCCGCUUUAUUAAUCUGUAAAAAAAUAUUUAGGUUACAUGCGCAAAAAACGCCCUGCAGAUCAUCAGGAAGACUAUCAGGACGGAGCAGCGCGAUUAUGGUGUUUUGUUUUUAUUUCACCUUACAUACAAUACGACGGAAAAAUGUAGUAAAA